AUGUAUGAAGUUCUUAAAAAUGUACAGAAUCCUUCGCUAUCAGGGAAACGCAAACUAUAUGUACUUUUAGAUUUCAUCGUAAGCAGUGAGAAUGGUAAAGAUAAAAAGUCUGCAAAUGCUAGUAUUGGACUCACAAAAGAUACAAGAUCUGACACAAGAAUCAGAAACUACAAAUGUGAAGAAUGUGGCCGUUCCUUUACUUUCCGCUCAACACUUAAGAAUCAUUACAGAAUUCAUACUGGAGAAAAACCCUAUAGAUGUGCAGAAUGUGACAAGUCCUUUAGCCAAGCCACACAUCUUCGAAAUCAUAAAAGUAUUCACACCGGAGUGAAACCCUACAAAUGUGAAGAAUGUGACAAGUCCUUUACCCAGGCCACACAUCUUCGAAAUCAUAAAAGUAUUCACACCGGAGAGAAACCCUACAAAUGUGAAGAAUGUGGCCGUUCCUUUACUUUCCACUCAACACUUAAGAGUCAUUACAGAAUUCAUACUGGAGAAAAACCCUAUAGAUGUGAAGAAUGUGACAAGUCCUUUACCCAGGCCACACAUCUUCGAAAUCAUAAAAGUAUUCAUAUUGGAGAGAAACCCUACAAAUGUGAAGAAUGUGACAAGUCUUUUACUCAGAGCCCCAAACUUAGAACACAUUACAGAAUUCAUACUGGACAAAAACCCUACAGAUGUGAAAAAUGUGACAAGUAUUUCACCAUGGCCUCACAUCUUAAACGUCAUAAAAGUAUUCAUACUGGGGAGAAAGCAUACAAAUGUAGAGAAUAUGACAAGUUCUUUACUCAAAUGUCAAGUCUUAGAACACAUCAGGCAAUGCAUGCUGGAGAGACACCCUUCAAAUGUAAGGAAUGUGACAAGUGCUUCACCAAAGCCUCAAAUCUUAGGCGUCAUGAAAGUAUUCAUACUGGCGAAAAACCUUACAAACGUGAAGGAUGUGACAGAUCCUUUACGCAAAAGUCAGAUCUUAGAUCACAUCAGGGAGUUCACACUGGAGAGAAUCCAUACAAAUGUGAAGAAUGUGACAAAUGCUUUUCCUAGGCAUCAUGUCUUAGAAGUCAUAAAAGUAUUCAUGCUGGAGAGAAAUUAUACAAAUGUGAAGAAUGUGGCAGGUCCUUUACUUUGCGCUCAACACUUGAUCAUUACAGAGCUCAUACUGGAGAAAAACCCUAUAGAUGUGAAGAAUGUGAUAAGUCCUUUACCCAGGCCACACAUCUUUGAAAUCAUAAAAGUAUUCAUACUAGAGAAAAACCCUAUAGAUGUGAAGAGUCUGACAAGUGCUUUACUCAAAUGUCAAGUCUUAGAAUUCAUCAGGCAGUGCAUUCUGGAGAGAAACCCUUCUAAUGUGAAAAAUGUUACAAGUGCUUUCUUCGAAUGUCAAGUCUUAGAAUACAUCAGGCAGUGCAUUCCGGAGAGAAAACAUACAGAUGUAAAGAAUGUGACAAGUCCUUUACUGCCAGCUCAACAUUAAAGAAUCAUUACAGAAUUCAUAGUGGAGAAAAACCUGACAGAUAUGAAGAGUGUGACAAGUCCUUUACCCGGCCCUCACAUCUUAGAAGUCAUGAAAGGAUUCCUACUGGAGAGAAACCCUACGGAUGUGAAGGAUGUGUCAGGUCCUUUACUGCGUGCUCAUCACUUAAGGCUCAUUGCAGAAUUCAUACUGGAGAAAAACCCUACAAGUGUGAAACAUGUGACAAGGCCUUUACUUCUCUGUCUCAUUUAAGGUUUCAUCAGAGAAUUCAUACUGGAGAGAAACCCUACCAAUGAAAAGGAGUGAGAGUCCUUUCCUCAUGCAUCAACUCUUAGAGAUCAUCAAAGAAUGUGUAAUAAAGGGAGACACUACAAAUAUAAGUGAUUUGGAAAUUCCUUUAACCGUAUAUCAGAUGGUAAAUUUACCAAAAAUGUACAGUGCAGAGACAGUUUACAAUUGCAGAGAAUGAGGAAAUCCUGUACUCUGGGCUCAAUUCUUAGAAAAUGAAACAGAAUCCAUACUAAAUGGAUAUGUUUCAAAGUAAGGAGAAUGUUGAAACAUAUUUAUGUACUACAAAACUUCACAGUAUACUAAAAAAAAUUAGAAUUAAAUACAAAAUGGCAGAAUGUAUAAUAAAAAUUUAUUUCUAAGUCAAGAAAAAGAACUCAUAAGGGGGGAGAAAUGUGAAAGAUAAAAAAUGUAAGAAAGCUUUUACUUUUCUAUCCAACCUGAUGAAUACCACAGAAUCCUUAUUGUAGAGAAAACCAAGAGCUAAAGAAAAAUAAGCCACUAUUUACAAAUGUCUCCCCUCUAAGGAAACAUCUUGUCAUUUACUAUCAAUAGAUACACAGUGUGAAUAAAGGACAUAAGUAUUGAGUUUCCACAAUCAAAAGAGUGUUUCGAUGUUUUUACUUUUACUUGACAUGGCAAAAACAAUAGAUAUUGGAGAAAAUUUGAAAUUAAUCUUCCACGAUUUGUGACUUUAACAUUGUGCUAUCCUAUUAUAUUUUAAGUCAGGUUUUUGAAAAUGGCAGAUAAGGGUGAACACUGAAGACCUUGUAUUCCCAGGCAGAGUAUUAUGGUGCAAUAAAUAAAAGGCAUAAUGUUAGAUAUUAUAAAUUAUAUUUACUCUAAAUUGUAUAUUGAUAUAUAUGUAGACAGAAUCAUAUCUGCAGGAAACUUAGUAAUAUUCCCAGUACUGUAGCUUUCUGAAGACUGUACAGUAUUUGUUAGUUUAAUAUGGAAAUUAAUUCAAUCUGUCUUGCUUUCAAAGGAUUAUUUGACAAUAUACAAUUUCUGUGUGAAAACUAAAUGACGGGGAGAUGAGAACAGUUAUCUUCAAAAAGUUGUAACUAUCUGUGCUAGUCCAUGGAUUUCUUAAAAUCUUAGUGCUGUUCUUUGAAAAUGGUGUAUAAUGACAUCCAAGUUGUCUGUUAAUUUUAAAAAUCCUGUUUCUUUAAUUCUUUUUAUGUACAUGUUAACUAGAAUGCAUUAAAUUCAUUUUAUAACAAUAUUAAAGCUGCAUACAAGUAGGUGUUGUUUUAAUAAAUAAAGCAUAUGUUUAACUUUCUAACAUAGAACUUAUAUGAAAAAAUAUUAUCUGCCCUAGAAAUAGAAACUCUCACAUCUUAUUUCAGCUGAUGAUAAGCAAAGGCUAAACAAGGAUAAUCUGAUAAAUCAGGGCAUUGGUUUUUCCCAUGGAUCUGUUCCUUGGGGGCUUACCCUCAAAUAAUUUUCAUGAUCUCUUUAUUGGAGAUUUUAUGAUGUAUUUGAGAGAUUAUGAUAAAUAUAAUGAAAUACA